GUGUCACAUCCAGCUAUGAAGACCAGCAUUCUGCUUAUGUUCCUUUGGGGGUUGUCCUGUGCACUUCCAGUAGCCAGGUAUCAACAUACUGAAUCUGAGAGCUCUGAAGAAUGGAAGGGUCAUUUGGCUCAGACACAAACACCACCAUUGGAGAGUAGUGAGUCAUCAGAAGAAAGUAAAGUUAGCUCAGAGGAGCAGGUAAAUGAAGACCCAAGUGACAGUGCCGAAUCAGAGGAAGGCCUGCACCUUGCGGAUCAUCCAUAUGCUCAUAGGCCAGCUGGUGGCUUUUCUAGGAAUGGAGGAAAAGAAGGAGCUGAUAAAGAUGAUGAUGAAGAUGACAGUGGAGAUGACACCUUUGGUGAUGAGGACAAUGGCCCAGGACCUGAAGAGACACAAGGAGGAAAUUCUAGACUCAAUAGUAAUGAAGACUCAGCAGAUGCCACACAGUCCAGGGAAGACAGUGCCUCUCACGGGGAAGACAGUGGCCAAGAUACCACCAGUGAGAGCAGGGACAUUGACAAGGAGAGUGAGAGUGAGGAGCACUGGGUGGGAGGUGGCAGUGAGGGAGAUAGCAGCCAUGGGGAUGGAUCUGAGUUUGAUGAUGAAGGAAUGCAGAGCGAUGAUCCAGACACCAUCAAGAGUGAGAGAAGCCACUCCAGAAUGAGCAGCGCCAGUGUCAAAUCAAAAGAAUCAAAAGGAAAUAGUGACAAGCAAGCCAACACUCGGGAUUCAGGUGAUAGCCAAUCAGUGGAGAAUCCCGGUAGGAAAUUUUUCAGAAAGUCCCGCAUUUCUGCGGAAGAUGACAGAGGUGAUCUUGGCAAUAGCCGAGAAGAAGUCAAAAGUGACUCCACAGAAAACACCAACUCCAAAGAAGCUGGCCUCAGCCAAUCCAGGGAAAACAGCAAGAGUGAAGCUCAAGAAGAUAGUGCGGAGAAUCAGUCCCAGGAAAAUAGUAAAAAUGAACAAGACCCCAGUAGUGAGUCUAGUCAAGAGGUUGACCUGCCAUCUCAAGAAACCAGUAGUGAAUCUCAGGAAGAGGUAUUGAGUAAGUCCAGGGGUGACAACCCAGAUAAUACCUCCAGUCACUCAGAAGAUCAGGACAACAGUGACUCCACUGAAGAGGACAGCUUGAGCACACCCUCCAGUUCAGAAAGCACAUCCAGAGAGGAGCAAGCUGAUAGUGAAUCCAAUGAGAGCCUCCAAUCCUCGGAGGAAAGCCCAGAGUCCACUGAGGAUGAGAACAGCUCUAGCCAGGAGGGCCUCCAGUCUCACAGUGCCUCCACAGAGAGCCAGAGCCAGGAGAGCCAGAGCGAUGAGAGCCAGUCUGAGGAAGAUGACAGCAGUGAUUCUCAGGACAGCAGCAAAUCACAAGAAGAUAGCAACUCCACUGAGAGCAAGUCAAGCAGUGAGGAAGAUGGCCAGUCAAAAAACACUGAGAUAGAAAGCAGAAAAUUAACAGUUGAUGCUUAUCACAACAAACCCAUUGGGGAUCAGGACGACAAUGACUGCCAAGAUGGCUAUUAGCAUCAGCUUUCCUAAGAAGUGGCUCUCAGGUUAAGGAGUCUUAGAGUUUGGAGAGUAGGGAAAGAAUUAUAACUAUAACUUAUUGAUGCUUAUAUCAGACCGAUAACUGAAGGCCACUUCUUUCUGAAAGGAAUUGCUGGACAUUGUAUUUGUUUCUAGGGUGUCACCAACCAUAAAGGUUUACAUAAGUUGGAAUGACACCAGAACACACUCAAUGAAACUGGAAGCAAGGAAAGAUGUGCAUUAUAGCUUCACAGCUGAAAUAGUUCCUAACUCAUGAACCUAACAAACAGUUAUUGAAAUUCUAUUAUGUACCAAGCACUGUGCUAGGUGCUAGGGAUAUUAAGAAGCUCAAGGCUUGUUUCUUGCUCCUGAGGAGCUUAUAGGAGGAUAAAUAAAGCUAAAAAGCUAAAGAGGAAUACAUAUGAGAGAAACAAAAAUGAUUGCAAUACUAUGUGGUGAGUGCUAUAACAGAGGUAUGAACAAAAUUUAUGAGAGCAUAAAAGAGGGCAACCAACUUUGCCUUGGAGAAUCAGGGAGGGGAGGGCUUCACAGCAGAGAAGAGCCUGGAUCAGACCGUUUCAUAGGAUUUCUUCAUUGAAGAUGAGAGAAUUUCAUUUAUUCUUGAGAUAAGCAAUAGUAAAUCCUAUAUGAUGGAAUGUUUAGUUUGUGAAAGCACUUUCAAGUUAUGAACCAGUGUGAGAUGUUUGGAUUAACAAAACUUUUUUUCAACUAAUUUAUCAUUUUUGACACUUUUUUGUGGCACUCCCAUGAACAUCACCUCAUUGACUACUGGUGAUGAUGUGGAGGACUGGGUGGGGAGAGUGGGAGAAGAAGAGUCCUCUUUAAAAAGAUAACUUUUAGCUUUAUUUUUUUUUCUAAAAUCAGUCUAUGUGCAAUUCUAGAAAAGCUGUCUUCUGAGUGCUUUACAUAUGUUGCACAUAACAAAAUUGUAUCUCUAGAAUUCAAUUGAUUUUUGCCAAAUUCCCUUUGAAAUGUUACCUCAACAUAAAAUAUUUGUUUUGUAAUAAAGAUGAUAAUA